AUGGAAACUAAAUAAAGAAGAAGGGCUGGUUAAAAAACCCCGUAAAAGGCACGGUUAAGAAGGAGAUGAACAAAGAGUUUUUUAGAGAACAUAUAGUUCUUGAAGAAUGUUACUAUCUUAAACCCCUUUUCUCUUUGUGCUGACGGAAAGCUUCCCAGUGCUUGCAGCUGUGCGCAGGCCCGUCGUUGAUCCAUUCCUCCCCGUUUCUGGGCUUGGUCAUUCGGUGACCUUCUUCCCAUGAGCACCUAGAGCUCCACCUCUGACCUUGGUGUGAUCUUUCACCUCGACGACCAAACUACGCCCACAGGGGAAGUGUGUAUGGAGCAGUGUGAGAGCGCAGCAGCUCUGCUGGAGUCGGUCAGGGAGCAGGAGGUGCAGUUUGAACAGCUGACCAGGGCGCUGGAGGAGGAGAGGAGGAGAGUUGGCCUCCCUGCCAUCAGCCCCUCGGGCCUGGGUCACCCCCUCCCUCACACACAGAACGGCCGUUUAGGGGAUGCAGACAUAGAACGACUGAAACUGACUGACUCAUACUUAAACGGCAUACAGUACAGGAUGGUGGAUCCGGCGCACGGCGCUCUCGAUGAGAGCUACGCACCAGACGAUGACUCCCAGGAGGUGCACUCUGUGUUUUCUGACGAGGGACCCACGCGGCGGCCGGAUAAUGGCAUGAAGAAACCAAUGACGCGCACAGUCCUGCCCUCUGACUCGAUGUCUAUAGACGGGGGCCUGUCGGUGUCCGGUAUGGGCGGCUACAGCGCCACGCUGGACCGUCCCUACAGGCAGCCGGGACCGGCAGACUACCCCACAGCCACAGUGCCGAGAAACUACCACUACGUCCCCGUAGGGGGUUACGAUGACUACCGGGGGGGCCCACCUUCAGAAGCCUACACGAGCCUGAGCAGGGGCUCGCACAUGGACGACCGCUACAGGCCAGUUGAUGGCUACCGGACCAUGGACUCUGGCUACCGCGCUCCAAGCCGGCAGCAGCUUGACCCGUAUGCAGCACAGCCCCAGGUGGGCCGGGGAGUGAGGGCCAUGGGCUCAGCGAUGGAGGUGCGAUACGGCCAUGGCCCCUACGGUCUCGAGGAUGACCAGCGCAGUGUGGGAUAUGAUGACUACGGCAUGGGUCCUCCACCAAUGCACCCUGGAGGCUAUGGGACCAUGCCACGCUUAGGGGCUGGCCCCGGGGGAAUGGACAGACGAAGACUCAGGAGCUGCGAGGACACUUUGGAUGGUGACGUGGUCGGAGUGGACCCGUAUGCCUGGGGCGUUCCCAUGACGAUGGAGAGGGGGAGCAUGGCUUCACUGGACAGCACACUGAGGAAGGCUCCUCCUGGCUCAUGGAGGCAGCCGGAGCUGCCAGAGGUCAUCGCCAUGUUGAACUACCGCCUGGACCCGGUCAAGACCAACGCUGCUGCAUUCCUCCAACAUCUCACAUUCAAAAAUGAUAAGGUAAAGUCGGAUGUGCGGCGCCUGAAGGGCAUCCCGUCCUUGGUGUCGCUGCUCGACCACUCCAGCAAGGAGGUGCACCACUCGGCCUGCGGAGCCCUGAAGAACAUUUCAUACGGCCGAGACCAAGAGAACAAGAUCGCCAUCAAGAACUGCGAUGGAGUGCCUGCACUGACCAGGUUGCUGAGAAAAACCCGUGACCAGGACCUCACUGACACCAUCACAGGCACCUUGUGGAACCUCUCGUCCCACGACUCUGUAAAGAUGGAGAUCGUGGACCACGCCCUGCAUGCCCUCUCUGACGAAGUGGUGGUUCCUCACUCCGGCUGGGAGCAAGCGAGCAACGGGGUGGAGAGCUGCAAACCACGCCAUCUGGAGUGGGAGACCGCCUUGACCAACACUGCUGGCUGCCUUAGGAAUGUGAGUUCAGAACGCAGCGAGGCUCGGCGGAAGCUGAGGGAAUGCACGGGAUUGGUGGAUUCACUCAUGUACAUUGUCCAAUCCCAUAUCAACCUAAAACAUGUGGAUAACAAGUUGGUGGAGAACUGUGUCUGCCUCCUGAGGAAUCUGUCCUAUCACGUUCACCGUGAAGUCCCUGGCUGCGAGCGCUUUGCCGAGACCACGCCCAUCAACCAGGGACCAGCCCCAGCUAACAAAGGUGGCUGCUUUGGCUCUCGAAAGGGCAAAGAUGAGUGGUUUUCAAAAGGAAAGAAGGAUGGCGACGAUGGAAGUGGAGAUCAGGUCGACAUUCCAAAGAGGACAACACCUGCCAAAGGUUACGAGCUGUUGUUCCAGCCGGAGGUGGUUCGUGUUUACACAUCGCUGCUCAGAGAGAGCAAGAACCCCUCGGUGCUCGAGGCUGCUGCCGGUGCCAUCCAGAACCUGUGCGCCGGCCGAUGGACUCAUGGACGGUACAUCAGGGCCACUGUGCGUCUGGAAAAGGGUCUUCCCAUGAUCGCAGAGCUACUGGCUCAUGGCAACGACCGCGUGGUUCGGGCGAUGUCCGGCACCUUGAGGAACCUCUCCAUCGACAGACGUAACUGCCAACUGCUCGGUUUGCAUGCAGUGCCUCACCUUGUGGCCAACCUGCCCGGAGGCCAGAGUCAGUCCGGGCGCGUUCUAUCGGAGGAGACGGUGGUGUCUGUGCUGAGCACGCUCACCGAGGUGCUAGGCAACAGUGUGGAGGCAGCAAAGACCCUCCGAGCCUCUCAGGGCAUUGAGAGGCUGGUGCUUAUCAACAAGGACGGCAAGCGCUCCGAGCGCGAGGUGCGGGGAGCCGGCCAGGUGCUGCAGCUCAUCUGGGCCCACAAAGAGCUUCGCAAGCCCCUUGAGAAGGACGGCUGGAAGAAGACCGACUUCAUGGUGAACCUCAGCACCACCAACGGCCCGAGCACCCGAGCCAACGGCACCUAUGAGGACAGCUCCACGCCGCUGCUGGACAGAGGGGAAAAGAGAGACAUGAUUCCACUAAAUGACCGUGGCCCUGAGGCCUACUCUACACUGGACCAGAGGGAGAGGAGACACACUCUGGAUGAAACCACAGACACUUUACCGCGAGGGGUGUAUGGGGGCAGAAAGGGCUCCUUGCCCCUGUUGGACUCCUACGAUGGUUAGCACUCCCCCUACCCCCCUCUGCAUGCAACAGCAUGAAAAACUGAUAGUGUGCGUCGCCCAGACUGGGCCGCCCCUGCCCUACCACUGCUACUGAGGAGAGAAGCUCCAGAUGCACAGACUCUCUCCCUCCCCUCCCCACUCCUCUCUAUCUCCACAUGGAUGGGAUUAGAAGAUGAGGGUGGCCAUCCAAAGAAAGUGUCUGUUGCGGGCAAACCAUUUCAUGCAGCACACACGCACACACAUGCACACACUUGAAUACUUCAUUCAAUUGUAGCAACAGCAAUGUAUUCCGUUUUUAAAUUAUAAAUCUCCUCUAAAGGCAAUCACCUUUGUUGACAAUCAUUUAAUUCCGGUGUUGUCAUCCUGCUCGUUUUUUUUUCUUUCUUGCUAUUGUCAACAUUUCGGUAAAUUGUCAUGCCAACACCUGCAUCCUGAUGAUGAAUUUGUACGUAGUCUUCUAUGUAGGGUAUAUACUGUAUAUAAAAAGAAAAUGGGAUGACUGCAUUAGUUUUGGCUCAUUUAUUUAACUUGUCCCUUUACUGGGAUUGUUGGGAGGUUUGGGAUGACAGACGUUUGCCCUUUUUAGAUUGAGAAUGUUGUUUAUAUAGGAGUUAUUUUCCUGUAUAGAGUUAGUUUCUCUUUGUUGGGAUGAGCACAGGUGGAGACAAGAAAAAGGGUGUGUCUGUAUAUUUGUCCUACAGUGUGUGUGUGUGUAUGGAAAAUGAAUAUGGACCUUGGCGUAAGUGUGUUUUUCUGUGCGUGUGCACAGACCAGACCCAUAAGACCACACAUUGCGUAUUUCAUCCCUUUAUGUCUGUUUUUAUGGUGUGCGCCAACUCCUGUGAUGACGCUUUUGUUUAGUUUUAUCUACCAAUGGCCUCUCUUUGUGUUUGAUACCUUACUUCCCCCUUAAGUGAAAGGACAAAUUACAAUUUGAGUUUGUGUUUUUUACCCUAUGAGACAGUACAACACAUCAAACUUGACACUGAUGUAUGUAAACUAAACCAGUGAAUGAUUUGCUUUAGAAACCACUACACUCCUGUAACAGAUUCACACUAGAAACGACCUCAGCGGGUUUAUUCUUGAUUGAUAAAGUAGCAAACACUUCAGAAGGGUCUUUUUGGAAUAAUUAUUCUCUUUAAAUCACUUUUAAAAAAUCACUACUUGCUGUUUUUAUUUUUUUUAACAAUGUAAUAGUUAAUAUUGUCAUUCUUAAUGUGGUGUUUUACAAAUAAAACGGCUAAAUAUGGGAGCCGUCUUCACUCAGAAGUUCCAACAGAUUGGGGAGAAAUUCUAACAUUUAAUUUAAUUUGGGAGGUGGACAAAAAGUACAUUUGUCUAUGAUCCAUUUGUUUUUAUCAUAUUGUUUUCUUCUUUUUUCCACUGUCAGGUUUGUGUAUUUCUUUUGAAUUGUUUGUAUCUAUGGGAGAGGUGGGAGAGCGCAUUAUGCAAUUUGUUUAACUUGUUAGUUCCAGUCAUAUCCCCCUGAUUUGUUUUUAAGGCAAAAGAGACCAAUCAUCUUUGUUUGUUUUUUACUCUCCACACAUAGUAUAUUUGUAAUGUUGCCUAUCCAUGUACAAUUAUGAUGUACCACUCAUACCUGCCUUGGCUCUGAGAAGUUGCUUUUUCAGUAAAGUCUGUAACUGGUAAUACUGUUUUUUAUAAAUAAAGAUCUUUUCUUAGACAAGA